AUGAUUAAAUCUGAUACAAACAUGUCGGAUACUCGUCGACGUCGCCAUAAAUCAGAACGUUCCCAUGCGUCCGAUGAUUUAUCAGAAUCAUUCGAUGAACUAGCUAUUACAAAAGACACUGAGAGCAAUGACCAGUCAGACAUUACUGUUCAUCAUGAUUCCGAGUAUGAUACUGCUGGAAGUGAUGGUGAGUCUGAUGGUGGAUCGCAAGAUGGUGUCCAGCGUGAAAGAGGAGAUGGCCAAGAAGAAGACAAACCACAAAAAAAGUUGGACGAUGAUGAGGAUAGACGUAAUCCGCAGUACAUACCAAAACGUGGUACCUUUUAUGAGCAUGAUGAUCGUACUACUGAGGAGGCUGCUGAAGAUACUGUAGAGCAACCUGUUGAAAGGGAAUCCAAGGAUAAAAAGGUCUGGAAGGAUAAAGAAGACCGGUGGGAUCAUGAUAGGUACAAUGACCAGGAGCAGGCUCCAAAAAGUCAUGAUGAACUUAUUGCUGUCUAUGGAUAUGAUAUUAGGAACGAAGAGGGUCCUCCUAGAGCACGCAGACGACGUAGAUAUGGUCGUGGACCAAAUAAAUAUACAAGAAAUUGGGAGGAUGAAGAUGCUUAUGGAAAGACACCAAUAAAUACAUCAACUAAACAGAACCGACGAUUGAAUAAAACCGGUGAAGAAUUUCCUGCUCUUGGAGGUUCAGUCAAGGAUGAUAAACAAGAUGCAGUAGAAGAACCGGUUAUAUCAUCGGCAUGGUACAGUAAUAAAAAUAAAUACAGCAAACAGCAAAACGCCUUCCCACCACUUCAAUCUCAACUUGAUAACCAGAGAACUAGAUUAUUGGCGACUAAUGAUAUCCAUACAAACGAGAAUAAAGCUCCCAAUGAGCCAACUAAUCCUGCUUGGAAGAAAGACGCUAAGUACAGCCAUCAAAGUUUGAUUGCUAAUAUAAACGCUGGUGAUGAUAUUGAAAAAACAACAACAGCUAAUGUAAAACCAGCUUAUGUAAACAAACGACAAGUUCAAGAGAGCGUUAGUCUUGCAGCAAGUAGAGUACGAGGACGUGGAUUCAAACCAACAGCUAAUAAUAAUCUCAUUACUAAUAGAGCUCCUGAUACUAAGCCCAAAGGUCGUGGUAGUGGACUGAUAACUGGUGGAGAUAGAAGGAAUAUUAUGAGUCGGGACGAUGAUCAGUUUGUCAACGAGGUCAAACAUAUCAACGUUAACGAUGGAUCGACGUAUCAUCAUGGACGUCAACAAAAAACUUUUUACGGACAAGGAUCGAACCAGCAACGACCCAGUGUUGGUUCUCCUCGCAUGCAACCACCUACACAGCAACACCAGCAGCAGCAACAACAACAACAACAACAACAACAACAACAACAACAGCAGCCGCAAGCACAUUCUCGAUCUCCGUCUGAAAUGGGUGGAAAUAGACCAAAACGUUAUUCGAGUCUCCGUCAACGACCAGCAAUAUCAGAUGGCCCUGGACAGCAAAAUUAUCCGACUCAGCAUAAUCAACAUGGACAACAUAGCCAACAUGGACCACAUGGACAGCAUAACCAGCUUGGACAGCACGGAUUUUAUUCUCCUCAAGGUGGAAAUUCACACGGUGUUAUAGAGUCACAAGGAUAUCCACAAAAUCAUUUUGAUCAAAGCCCUCAAGUACCGCAGACUGCAAAUACAUUGGCACCUCAGUCAGUGAUGCCACUACCUUCAGCAGGGCAACCAGGUUCUUUUGCACCACCCCCAUUUUUGGUGCCUACUCCGCAAUUUAUUGCACCUCAAACGGCAGCACCCAACAUCAUUAAUUACGUACAAGCUCCUAAUGGACCGGCAUUCCCGCCUAAUUUUCAAGGAUAUCAAGGAUAUACUCCAUCGGUUCAGCCACCGGUUCCACAACCACCGCCAGAGUUAUAUCAACCACAAGGUUGCACUUAUUAUAGUCCAGCCCAACAGCCGCAACAAGUACCGCAGAUAGCUCCGCUUCGACGACCAAAAGCGAUUCCAAUUUUACCUCCUCCAGAUAACAAUUCAGUACAACGUCAGCAGAGUAGCCGUGGUAGAGGUCGUAAUGUUUCACAAGCCUCAUCUUGUAGUGGACCUGGUGGUCAAUUGUCACCUGGUGAGCAGCAGCAACAACAACAUCAACAAUUUCAGCAAAUUGAUACACAACAGUGUGUAUCCGUUGAGUCAAUCAAUAAUUCCUCUAAUGAUAUUUAUAACAAUUUACCCGUUGAACACGUAGAACAAAUUUCUGAAUCUAUGAUACCACAAAUGCCUAAUGAAGAAACAAAUAUUUUUGAUGAGAGCAUUUCUCUAGAUAAUAAGUCAAUUGUUGAAAAUAUUAGAGAGGAUAAUGAUGAAUCAGUUGAAAAUGUAUUGAUAGAAACAUUAAAUGAAAACAUCACAGAAAAUUUUAUCGAGAAUAUAAAUGAAAAUUUGGAAGAAGAAAAAAGUGAUAUUAAAACAGAUAAUAUUGAAGAAAUAAUUUCUAAUGAGCCAACAAAAGAAAAUAUCGAUAUAAAUAAUUUAAAUAAUGAUAUUAAAAAUGAUUUAAUGGAUAAAACUAAUGAAAAUGAUAAUGAUGUAGUUUCAAUUACAAAAAAUGAUUGUGAAAAUAAUAUUGAUGAAACGGUAGUUGUAAUUGAUAAUAAUUCUAAUAAUUCAUUGAGUAAAACCAUUGAAGUAGACUCAGUAACGAUUAAUCAAACAGAUAUUAAUAAUAAAGUUGAGAAUGUGGUAUCGACUCCUGUUGUCGAAGAAGCAGCUGCUUAG